AUGUGUGCCGGACCGGAUCUCUUCGCCGUGUUGACAGUCUCGGCCUCGGUCGUCCUCGGCCAAGCACUGUGGGAGUCCGACCAAAUCAGCACGACAAUAUGUCAAUGGCAACAGCUUCGAGCGGCCGUCCUCCGGGACACAGUAUACUUGGACGGCGGGAAUCUAUGGUGGUCACCUAAGUUCGUCGACGGAAGAACGGAGAGACUCAAAGACGAUCUUAACCCACUUGGCCACAUGUACACCCUCAACUUCAGCACACCGGUUGAGACAUCCGACAACAUUUCGGCCAUCUUGGGAGUGAUCGAAACUGGAGGCGGGGGUACCAACCCCCGCGCUCCGACUUACGAGGACGGCGCCCUCCUCGGCAACGAUGCCGAGUUCUUUCUCUACGGCGGCCUGAUGGGGCGUCCACAUACGACCCCGGACCCGCCAGGGAACGAGGUGCUUUACUACGAAAAGUACCUGUACGGACCAGAACGACCGUUGAACCAGCCCUUCAAUUCCAAGGCACUUGGAGGGAACAUGACCCGCUACAUUACCUACGGGGGCGCUGCGAGCGCACCCUCGGAGAACUUAGCGUGGUAUUUCUCCGGGAUGCGCUCUGCAACCUGGGGCAAGAUCUAUAAACCGGGGGCCAACGACAAUAGCUCGUUCGACGCCACCGAGGUCUCAAACACCCUCAUCACGCUAAAUAUGGAGAGGCAGCGGUUCGAAACCUUCAAAAAUGACACGCUGUCGCCGGGCAUCGAAGGUCGAGCAAACCCGGAACUCGUCUGGGUGCCCGUCGGCCGCCGCGGGAUACUUGUGGCUCUAGGGGGCGUCGUGUAUCCUGAUUUCGCCUCCGCAUUCGCGAUAUCAGCCAAUGAGACAGCCAGCAAAUGGCAUAGCCAGAGGACAGUCGGCGGCCCGGGUCAGCUCACCCGCGGUUGCGCCGUCGUAGCUCGUGCGCAGGACGGUUCAAGCUUCAACAUCUACUACUACGGCGGCUACGAUGGCCUGGAUUCGACGAAACCCUUUAGUAGCGACGUUUGGGUCCUGUCGUUGCCGUCGUUUACCUGGGUCAAGUUGGCGACCGGUGGCGCAGAUGGACGCGCCGGGCACAAGUGCGUCACGCCAUACCCCGACCAGAUGCUGGCCAUCGGAGGCUACCAAGGCCUGACGGCGGCUGUCCCAAAAUGUCUUGACGAGACAAUCAGGGUGUUCAACCUCACUACUGGGAAAUGGCUCACGCGGUAUGACCCUGCAGUGUAUGCCAACUACACCAUCCCCAGCGCCGUCGUUGACAAGAUCGGCGGGUCCGGCACCGGGGGCGCCACGGCCACGACCCCGAGCCCCUCGUGGGAUGCGACAGAGCUUGCGGGCAUCUUCAAUGAACAGUAUCCGAUGAGCAAGAUCACGACAUUCUACCCGUAUGCCUCGGUCGGCCCAGCCAAUAACACUAAUCCGGAUGCCCCGCCCCCCGACGACGGAGGCGAUAGCGGAGGAGGCCUCCCCUCAUACCUCCCCCCGGUGCUCGGUGUUGUCCUGGGUCUAGUCUUCUUGACUAUGGUAGCGGUCCUGAUCCUCCUCUGGCGCCGCCGCAGACUACUGCGCCGCAGCGGUACCGCUAGCGAAGCCGGCACCGAGGACACCAACGGCAAUCGCAUCGCGUCGUGGCUGCGCGGCCAGCCUACCGAGGUCAAGACACCGACCCUCACCAAUUCAUCCGAGUAUUUGCCUGUGAGCUCGACAGAAGUCGACAGCAGCGUCACCGGCGCCGCACCCCCGAUGUCUAUCGCCGAGAUGAUGGACACCGGGCAAAUAGCCGAGCUACUCAGGUAA